AUGUCGUCGCCUGUUCGCAAGCCCUCGUGUCUGAAGCGUUCGCCUGAUGCAAAGCGAAGUUCGUCAAGUAGCGGCGCUGCCUCGGGCAGCAUUGGAGGAACGAGCGAGAUGCUCCCAUAUGCACAGGCCAAUGUGCAUUUUCCAACGGCGAAACGCGAGCUGGUCAAGACGCGGGUAACGCACUCGCCAGCAUCGUAUGACCGAUCGCCGAUUGUUGUGUUGCCGAAUUCAUGUGCAUUGCCGGCCCGCGGAUGUCCUGGAAGGACAUAUGAUCCUACCGCCAUGGGCCGAUCCACAUCCGCACCCCGCCGUCGGCCAUCCACGCCCUGUCCGGGCCUUAUCGCCGACGAGGGCUCCUCGGACGACAGCGAUGGGCUGGUCUCGCCGCCCCCGGAACGCACACCAUCCAUGUUCUCCCACGACGACAGACCGAUGCUGUUUGCUGCGUCCAAGUCAAGACGAUCCAGUCGCGAGCUCCGUCGUCCCUCGUACGAAGACUUUUCCUCUCCCGACGAGGGCUGUCUCGGUGGAUUCUAG